AUGACGAAUCCAGCGAACAUGACUUCUCCCCAAGUCCAUCAAUGCAUAUCUUCACUCCGAACAUCUUCCUACCACCUAUCAUUACUAUCACGAGCACUCACCAUCUUCACAAUAUAUCUCUUUAUCUUGAUGAUGAUUACAAGAAUACCCUUACUCUACCCUACUUCCAACUACAAAACCGUCACAUCUCAGAUCCUUCCUUGGAAGAACACAGCAAAAAUUAUCGUAGCGCUCAUGGUUUCAAUCAGUCUAGAUCCAGACUUCCUCAUCUACUAUGUUUUCUAUCAAAUUGGGCGCAAAUUACUUGCGAUUUCACUUCUGGAGACGGGAGGAAAGCUGAAGCUCCUCGCAGUUAUGAUCACUGUCAAACCUUGCUGGCUUUUAAUUGGCGCUGCUUACGAAAUCGGUGAAGUGUGUGUAGAUAUCACAUUGGAGCAUUUCCAGAAGCCAUUUGGGGUGGAGAAAAAGAACGCUGCUGAGAAUGAGAAAAGGGAAGAAAACCCUCACUCUGCAAACUACCCUGAGCCAAUCUCCGCAAUCAUCAGUUACAUGUCUUCACUACUAGACGGAAUUCAAUACAAUAUUGUCACAGGGUCAGAAGAAACACACCCAUACAAGAAAAUGAUAUGGAAACUAAAGGAAAUACAAAAAUCCGAGACCGAUGCAGACAAUAAGAAGGAAAUGAAAAUUUCUUCCGAUCUCAGACAUUCAGAGAAUCAACCUCCCUUGUCCCAAACAAGGAAGCAUCUUUGGCUCAACUUUGUAGACUUCGACACCGAGGAAGAAACCCAAGACAGUCUCGAUAAACAUUCUAUCGCCGACGAAACAAUAUCCCCGACUUUUUCUCUUUCUCCACUUCAAUCUACUAAACCCCGGUCAACAAUCAUCGUUAGCCUUCCAAGUCCUUUGAGAUCAAGACUCCGUGAAAUGAUCGACUCAGUUACCCGAGAUCUAAAUUCAGUAGAGAGACAUAACGCAGUGCGAAUCAUCAUAGAAACCGAACAAAAUAUCGAAAAAUUGUACUCAAUAUCAGAAUCUAAUAUGCCACGAAUGAUUGAGCAAUUAGAGGGAUUGGAAAGAAAAUUGGAAGAUAUUUUCGAAAAUGUAGAAAUGGCCGCAGUUGAGAAUGAGGUUAGUAACAAAGAUGAAAAUGAAGGUGAAGAUGAAGAGGAGGAAAUGGAACCGGGUCUCUUGACCCCCUCAACUUCUUCAGGUGAAUGGACAUCUGUUGAAUCACCAUCAACUCCUUCGGCUCACUCUGAACCUACAUUUGAGGAUGAUGCUGAGGAUAAAAAGGAGGAUAUGCCAUCUGAUUCGUUGACACCUUCAACUUAUUCAACGCCUUCGAUUCCCUCAUCUCCUUCAUCCCAAUCCCGAUCCUCACCCAGUCCAACAACCACCAUCACCGGCCGCCCCUGGCAUCUCUUCCUCGUCGAUACCCUGUACAAAUGCGACAAUUCCCUACAUUUUGAGUGGAGCACAGCCGAGCUCUUCAACGCAUGGUUUAGCAAGAAUUUCUGGUUUGCCGUUACAGAGGGAGAAAUUGAGCUAUUAGAGAAAUGGAAAUCGUGGGCUUUGGAUGACAGACCUGUUGAUCAGAAGUGGAAUUGGUAG